AUGCUUCGCUCCCUCAGCAAGCUUCCUUUGGGCGCCCGGCCAUGGGCGCCCCAAGCGCGGCAUGUGGCAGUGUUGCGGCAUGACUGGACGCGGGCAGAGGUGGCCGAGAUCUAUCAUCAGCCUCUGUUGGAGUUGGUCUACCAAGCAGCCGCUGUGCAUCGCAGCGGUUUCUUCGAUUCCAAGGAAGUGCAGCAGAGCACCCUUUUGUCCAUCAAAACCGGCGGCUGCGGAGAAAAUUGUGGCUACUGCUCCCAGAGCCAGAGCUUCAAGACCGCGGUGAAGCCCACACCGAUGAUGAAAGUGGACGAGGUGUUGGAGGCGGCGCGCAAGGCCAAGGACGCGGGCUCCACGCGCUUCUGCAUGGGCACCGCCUGGCGGGGAGUGGGGCAGAAGAACUCCUUCCAACACAUCCUCACCAUGGUGAAGGAGGUGUCGUCCAUGGGCAUGGAGACCUGCUGCACCUUGGGUUUGCUGAACGCGGAGCGGGCCAAGCAACUCAAGGAGGCCGGCCUCACUGCUUACAACCACAACCUGGACACAUCUCCGGAGCAUUACCCAAACAUUGUGUCAACUCGUACUUAUGCAGACCGCCUGGAAACUUUGGCCAACGUGCGGGAAGCCGGCAUCAGUGUGUGCUGCGGAGGCAUCCUUGGAAUUGCUGAGACUGAAGAGGAUCGUAUUGGGCUGCUGCAGACCCUCGCCACGUUGCCGGAGCAUCCCGAAUCGGUGCCCAUCAAUGCGCUUGUGCCCAUUGAAGGAACACCCUUGGGAGACAGGCAGAUUGCCAUGGGCAAAGGCGUGACCUGGCGCGACAUGGUGCGCUCCAUUGCAACGGCACGGAUCGUGAUGCCCCAUUCGAUGGUGAGACUUUCGGCUGGACGCAUGGAGUUUUCACAGGAGGCGCAGGCGAUGAUGUUCCUCUGUGGCGCCAACUCCAUCUUCACCGGUGACAAGCUGCUGACCACGGCCAACCCCAAGUUCUCCGAGGAUGCAGCGAUGUUUGAGGUCCUGGGGCUCAAGGGCAAGAAACCCUUCAGCGGCAACACGGCACACCUGCGCCCCGCCGAGCUCAAGGACGAGGACUUGGCGCAGCCGGCGGAUGCAGCGAUGAUGGCCGCAGCGCGUGCGCGCGGUGAAGGGCCACGGGAGGUGGCCUUUUAA